AUGCAAUCACUUCCAAACGUAGAACAAAUCACUGUCUCGCGGCAUGCUCGUGUCCGUAGAGUCUCAGCAGUCAGCUCUGGAAUAACUUCGAACGCAAUUGUUGACAAGUUGUACAAAAUCCAAGAGAUACACGAUCUUCUAUGCACCUGGUUGUCUCCCUACAAAGCAGCGAACGAGGAUGCUAGCACCGGAAGGACUCGAGAAAGAUUUGACGAGGAAUUCCCCGGCGAGGAUGGACUGAUCUUGAUGAGCAAACGAUUAGUCGACCUUUCUCGCGCCACGAAACGACUACAAGACAUCCAGAACGAGAUAUCGAGGUUCCAGCUUGGGAUUGGACGUCUGCGGCUGUCUAUCACACAGAAUACCACGGUCUUCAUAUCAGCGACCGAGUCAAUACUCCUGCGAGUUUUUGACAACAAGUCCUACUGUAGAUAUGAUCCAGCGCUUGGUAUAUUGAGCUCCAACUUCAAAGUGUGCAAGCCAGUGAGAAAUAUCGACGAGCUCAAGGCCCGCGCCGAAUUGACAGAAGCAACUCUCAGAAACCAUUGCGGCGGUGACAAUCCAACUUCAUUCAUCUCCUUGACCAAUAAAGUCAAGUAUCUCUCCAAAUAUACUGAGGGGAAGUGGAAACAUCGUGAUCCUGACGCCCGAUCAUCUGCCAUGGUUGCUUUGGUCAAUAAGGCAAAAUUGGACUACAUGGAGGUUUUCUGCGCCACGUCGCGAAGUCUGGUCGAGGAAGUUGGUGCGAAGUAUUGGUCUCGGAACAAUCCAGACGGCGUAAGUUAUGCGUCACAUGAACACUUCAUGGUUUACGGCUGGAUCCCACCUCAAUGUAUCGAGAGAGUAAUACCCCUCGAUCAUUUUAAACAUGUCACGUCAGUUAUCGAACCCGAACACAUAUUGGCGUAUCUAGACAGUGAAGAGGACGACUCUGUGGAAGAUCUAUUCCGGAAUUUGGGACAAACCUUGUAGUAAGAUUACGUGACAGACACGACAGCAUCACGUUCACCUAUACGGUUCUCUAUAUAUCCUUUCUAUUAAUCACUCCCUAAUCUAUUGACCAAGACAUUGGC